GCUCGCGCUAUCCCACCUCGCAUCUCUAGAUUAUUGUACAUUACUUUUGUGUCUUCCGUCAAUCUUUCCUUUGGGCGUUGAAUCUUCGUCUCGCAGUCCGUUGGAGCCUUCGCCGUCGCGGCGCAUCGACUUGUUUCAGAUCGGCAGCGUCAUCAUUGGGGGCGCUGUUGCUCAAGGCUGUCAAUUGUCGACCCGCCAGUUGUUCUCUCAAGCGUCGCGCCUGCUCUCGACAUCACCACACGCGUUUUUUAUCGUCGCCUCUAUGCAUGAUGAAAUUCCUUAAGGGCAUCCUGCUGCCCGCCCUGCUGGCACUAGCAUCCACGGUCGCCGCAAAGGACGACCCGCUCGUCGAGACAACACCUUUCAAAAACGAGCUCGUCAACCUCUUGUACUUUGACGAUUCUGGAGUCGCCUUGGUACAAGAACUCGACACGGGCAAGAUAUAUCGGUCGCACGAUGCCGGCAAGGGCUGGAAACAAGUAAAGGACCUCCAGGGCCUGGGCAUACUCAAGAGUCCAUUCGACAACAAGGUGGCUGUGGUGCUGAGCGAGAAGAAGCACUGGAUUACGUACGACCAGGGAGAAACAUGGAGCGGCUUUGAGACGGAGCUGCCGCCCUCGCCCUCGGUACCCGUGGGCUGGCACGCGCUCGACAAUAAGAAGAUACUGAUCAACGAGAUUGAAAACUGCUUCACGGCGCCGUGCCUUGGAAGGACAUACUACACCACCGAUGGCUUCAAGACGCAGCCCAAGAAGCUGAUCGACGACCGCCUGAUGUGCCAAUGGGCCAAAGCCUCGGAAAGGUUCCUCCAAGGAAUUGACAAGCACGACGAUCGCAUAUUGUGUAUCACAAGGGGAAAAUACUCGGACAGGUCCAAGGACUUUAGGCUCAUGGUGUCGGACGACUACUUUAAGAACUCGGAAGAACCCACCAUGUCUUCUGGGCGCACGGUGCAAGGCAUGGUCAACAUGGCCGCCACCAAGGGCUACAUUGUUGCCGCUGCCAAAGCCGAACAUUCAAGCGAACUCGCCCUCUACGUCACCCAAGACACUGACUCGUGGCACCAUGGCCAGUUUGGCGACCACAAGAUCGAAGAAGACGCAUACACGAUUCUUGAAUCCACUAACUACAGCAUUCAGGUCGAUGUCAUGACAUCCAAAUACGUGACCAUGGGCAAUCUUUACACCAGCAACUCGAACGGAACAUACUUUACCAAGAAUGUCGAACACACAAACCGCAACGAGAACGGCUACGUCGACUUUGAGAAGAUUGCGAAUAUACAGGGUGUGGUCCUGGUGAACAUAGUUGACAACUACAAGGAGGUGGAGAAGUCUGGCCAAAACAAGAAGCUGAAGUCGCGCAUCAGUUUUGAUGACGGCAGAACUUUUGAGAAACUCAGAGUCAAGGGCAAAGACGAUGAACUCCAUCUGCACUCAGUUACCAACCUGCACAAUAGCGGACGUGUCUUUUCGAGCCCAGCGCCAGGCAUCGUCAUGGGCGUGGGCAACACGGGCGACAACCUCAACAAGUACAGCGAUGGCGACCUAUAUGUCUCUGAUGAUGCGGGUCUCACGUGGGAACUUGCACUCGAAGAAGCACACAAGUACGAAUUUGGCGACCAAGGUUCGGUCCUGGUGGCCGUAUUUGAUGAAGGCGACACCGACGAGAUCAGGUACUCGUUCAAACAUGGAAGAAAGGAUACCUGGAAAAAGAUCAAACUCGACUACAAGAUCCGAGCACGCGAAUUGACGACCCUGCCCGACUCGACAAGCCUGAAAUUUAUGCUGUACGCAUCGAAGAAGAAGGAUGGUGGUGGCCGGGAGCACGUCAUUAUCCACCUUGAUUUUAGCGACAUGCUGAACAAGUGCAAAGACAGCGAUUUCGACGAUGAAUGGUCUGUGCGAAAAGAUGCCGCUGGCGAUCCAAGCUGUGUCAUGGGUCACAAGCAGUUGUUCCGAAGGCGAAAGUGGGAUGCCGAAUGCUCUGUUGGCGAGGUCUUCAAAGACCCGACUCCAAGCUUCAAGCCGUGCGACUGCGAUAAGUUCAGGGACUACGAGUGCGACUUUGGCUUUUCGCCAACCGGAGAAGGCAAAGACAAGAAAUGUGAGCCCAGCAAUUCUUUCAGCUUGCCAAAGGGUGCUUGCGAAGGCGAUGCAAAGACGUACAAGGGUCCUUCUGGUUGGCGGAAGAUUCCUGGCAACCAGUGCAAAGGGGAGACGGAGAGGGACAAGGAGGUGGAGCGCCAAUGUGACGAGACAUCGAAGCGACCACCUCAAAGCAAGGAGAUUACGAGUGAGAUUACCAGGUUCAAGGGCAGCGAAUUCGUCGAGCAGUACUACCUUGAGCGUAACACCCAAGGCGAGAGCACGGGUAAUGAACGGAGCAAGGACGAGACAGUCGUCAUGCUUACCGAUGAGCGUACGGCCUACAUCACACACGACCACGGAAAGAAGUGGAAGAAGGCCAUUGACGACGAGAUUGUCAGAAUCUAUCCUCACCAGUAUGAGAACAACAAUGUCUACUUUUUGACUGCGGGCAACAAGGUUUAUUACUCGGAAGACCGCGGACUGCACGACAGCAUCCAUUCCUUCAAGGCACCUGCUGUCCCCAACCAGGAAAUGCUGCCGAUUAUGCAAUUCCAUCCCAAGCGGAAGGGCUGGAUCAUCUGGCUGGGCGGAAAGGGAUGCGACAAGGCUGGCAGCAAGGAAUGCCACACGGUGGCUUAUGUUUCGCAAAAGAACGGCGAGGACGACAGUUGGGAGUCGCUUGUGCCGUAUGUGAAGAAGUGCGCAUUCGUCUGGCGCGAGGCGGGACGGAGUGUCAAGGAAGAGCAAGUCUUUUGCGAACAGCACACAAACGAGGAGUCCAACGCUCCGCUAGAGCUCAUUUCCAGCGACGAUUGGUUCAAAAAGAAGGACGUCAAGUUCAAGUCGGUGGUGGAGUUUGCAACCAUGUCCGAGUUCAUCAUUGUUGCGACCAAGGCCGAGGACAACACGCUGCACCUCGAUGCCAGCCUUGACGCCAAUACGUUUGCCGAGGCCAAGUUUCCUCCAAAGUUCUUUGACAUCCACCAGACUGCAUACACGGUGCUGGACAGUUCUACACAUGCAGUGUUCUUGCAUGUCACGGUCAACCCGAAGCGAGACCAAGAGUAUGGUUCUAUCAUCAAGAGCAACAGCAACGGCACUUCUUACGUCAUGAGUCUGAGCGGUGUCAACAGGAACACUGAAGGCUACGUCGACUUUGAGAAGAUGCAGGGUCUAGAGGGUGUUGCUGUUGCGAAUGUGGUUGUCAACCUUGGCGAGGUGGACAAGGGCAGCAAGAAGAAGAAGCAGAGUCGCAUUACGCACAACGACGGCGCGGACUGGGAGCCUCUCCAAGCCCCACAGAAAGACUCGGACGGCAAGGCGUACCCCUGCGACGUGUCGGACAAGAACAAGUGUAGUCUGCACAUUCAUGGAUACACGGAGCGUGCCGACCCGCGCGAGAUGUAUUCGUCACCCACGGCGGUGGGCUUGAUGCUUGCUGUUGGCAACGUUGGCUCAGAGUUGAGCACCUUUGGUGAGGCCAAUACGUUUAUGACUACCGACGCAGGCAUCACAUGGAAGGAGGUCAAGAAGGGCACCUACGCGUGGGAAUUUGGCGACCAAGGCUCUGUUAUCGUCAUUGUCCGUCGCGGCGAAGACACGGACCACGUCUACUACUCUCUUGACAGCGGCGAAGGAUGGAAUCUGUACAAGUUUUCGGACCGCAAGAUGCGUGUGGACGCCAUCACGACGGUGCCUAGCGAUACGUCGCUCAACUUCCUUCUCUGGGGCAAAGACAGCAAGGAGCUGGUUGCCGUGAACCUGGACUUUUCCGGGCUGCCGGAGUUCAGCAAGGAAUGCAAGCUCGACGAACAUGAUCCUACUCGAGGCGAUUACGACCUAUGGAGCCCACAGCACCCUCUCCAGCAAGACGAGCCAGAAUGCUUGUUUGGGCACGUGGCGCAGUACCACCGCAAGAAGCGAGGUGUCAAGUGCCGCAACGCGCAGCGCAUUGAUCAGAUGCACGACAUUGCGCGCAACUGCUCGUGCACGAGGCGUGACUAUGAAUGUGCAUACAACUACGAACGCGACACCAGCGGCGACUGCGUGCUUGUAGCGGGGCUCCAGCUGCCGGACCCAUCUGCGGUAUGCAAGGACAAGAAGGUCAAGGAGUACUGGGCCAACACACGUUUCCGCAAGAUACCGCUAUCGACGUGCGAGGGCGGCAACGAGUUCGACAAGACAGGCCAAGUGCAUCCAUGCCCUGGGUUUGAAGAGGAUUUCCAGAAGAAACACGGCAUCGGUGGCUUCGCCCUCUUCCUCGCUAUCGUGGUGCCGUUUGCCGCGGCGGCGGCAAUCGGUUACUAUGUGUGGCGCAACUGGGACGGCAAGUUUGGCCGCAUCCGGCUCGGUGAGGGCGGCGGCUCGGGUGCUUUUGAUAGUGAUGCUGUGUGGGUUAAGUGGCCUAUUGCUGCUGUUUCGGGCUUUGUUGCUGUGGUAUCUGCGCUCCCGCUACUCGCAGGCAGCGUGUGGCGGUGGGCUGCGGGCCGCAUGGGGGGCGGUGGUGGAGGCGGUGACUAUGGCGGCUACGGCAGGACGUAUACUUCUCGCAGCAGCUUUUCCAGAGGCAGAGGCGAUUACGCUGUUGUGGACCCUGAUGAAGGCGAGUUGCUGGGUGAUGACGAGAGUGAUGAGGAUGUGUAGUAGUUGUAUGGGUUUUCCUUUUCUCUUCUCUUCUCUUCUCUUCUCUUCUCUUCUCCUUCUUUCUUUCUUUUUUUUUCUUCUUUUUUUUCUUUCUCUAUCUCUUC